AUGUGCUACGGUUCCCAGCGAUUACCACCAUCCGGAGACGAAGUUACUCCUCCGACUGUCAGGUCCCGGCCGCCGACCGAUGUAAACACAGCGGUUGUGGAAAGUCUGAGAUUACGAUUGGCGGAGACCGAGGUACGGCUGCAGCAAGCUAGGGCACGAGAGGCGGAGCUCAGCAAAAAGCUUCGUGAGAUGAAACGUUUCGUAUCCGUCAUGGAGAUUCUUGAAUCGUAUCUUAAACGAAGAUUUAUGGAUCAACAACAUCAACUUGCUGUUCUUAUCUCUCAAUCUCCGGUAUCCAAAUAA